CUCUGUAAAUUCCUACGUCGCCUGAAUGCAGCAUCGUCGCAGAGGAGCGCACCGCCGCUCUGCGCUCUGAUUGGCCAGUUAGCGGCGGUGGGCGGGGCCUGUCUGCAGGAGAGCUGAGACAAUAGAGACAGGGAGAGAGAGAGAGAGAAGAGAGACAGAGAGACAGAGAGACAGAGAGAGAGACAGCAGCGGUGCAGACAACCGGAGCUUCCUGCUUCAUUCAAACACCAAGAAGAAGAAAAAAACAAACAACUCAAGGAUUCCUCUUUUAUCUACACAGUCAGGUGUCUGGAUGGACUGACAGGUUGCAUGCUGCACAUCUUGAAAGGAACAUCCAUAUCCAGACCAGACCCUCGGCUCCGGCCCGUCCCUCCACAACAAUGAACUCCUCGCCGCACGGCUCCCGCGCCUCCAUCGACAUCCUGGAGGAACUCCAGCUGAUUGCUUCUCAGAACCUUGAAAAACUGGACAUCAACAAAUACUACGAGGUCGUCUGUGAGCUGGGGAAGGGCACCUAUGGGAAAGUGGAUCUGGUCAUCCACAAAAUCAGAGGCACAAAAAUGGCCCUGAAGUUUCUGAGGAAGAAGACCACCAAGCUGAAGAGCUUCCUGAGAGAGUACAGCAUCUCCCUUUACCUGUCGCCCUGCCCCUUCAUCAUCAACAUGUACGGCAUCGCCUUCGAAACGGACGAGUACUACAUCUUCGCUCAGGAGUACGCUCUGGCGGGAGAUCUGUUCGACAUCAUCCCUCCACAGGUUGGACUACCAGAGACGGUGGCCAAGCGCUGCGUCCACCAGGUGGCCAUCGCCCUGGACUACCUGCACUGUAAAAAGCUGGUCCACAGAGACAUCAAACCCGAGAACAUCCUUAUUUUUGACAAAGAGUGCCGGAAAGUCAAGCUGUCAGACUUUGGCAUGACGCGGCGCUCCGGCUCUCCGGUGAAGCGUGUGAGCGGCACAAUCCCGUACACGGCGCCAGAGCUGUGCGACACCUCGCGGCACGAGGGCUUCUGCGUGGACUACAGCACGGAUGUGUGGGCGUUUGGCGUGCUGCUCUUCUGCAUGCUGACGGGAAACUUCCCCUGGGAGAAGGCCAUGCCUAACGACGCCUUUUAUGAGGAGUUUGUGCGCUGGCAGCGUCGCCGUACGGGCACGGUGCCGUCACAGUGGCGCCGCUUCACCGACGAGGCUCUGCGAAUGUUCCGUAGGCUCCUCUCCAUCGAGCAAGAGCGCCGCUGCUCCGUCAAAGAAGUCUUCAGCUACUUCAACCAGUGCUGGAUGUUGGACACGGAGAACGGGAACAGCAGCAGUUUGGCGAGCAGCGCGCCUCCUCUGGACAUCAGCUCGUCCUCAUCUGAAGAGGACGUAUUAGUGGACAGACUGAAGCAGCAGAGCUUGUCGCCUGCUUGCGUGGUGGCGAAGGGGAGCAUCUUGAUGGACACCCACUACUCCUCCAUGUCAACAAACAGCUCGCCGUCCUCCACCGGCAGCUACGAGCGGGUCAACAGAGAAAACAACGAAAGAGGACGCAUGCUGGUGGCGACCCCCAUCGAGAUAUGCGUGUAGAGGUGGCUGACGCUGCGUUUCAGGCUGCCUGCUCACACACGUGAGGCCGGCGUGAGCUGAAGAUGAAGAUUUCCCAGAGGAAGAAGGAGAAAAGUGUGGCGACUGGUGCUUAGCGUCAGGAUCAACAGUCUGAUAUACGUUGUAGCUUCACUGCGGAUUUACUCAUUUCCGAUGAAGACGAGCUCUGAGGAAAUGAGCAGCGAGAAAAUCAUAAACCUCCUGUGUGUGUGGUUUAUACUUCAGAUACUGAAAUGAACUCACUGGACGACCUGUGAAGAAAAAAUCAAACAUAAACAUGCAUAAUCCACAAGCAAUAUGUUCAGAUGUCUGGAAUGAUCCAGUCGCUGCAAAAAAUAACCUGAGGAAAAAGAUGUGAUCGGCUUUCAAGAUGAUUUGUUGAUGGUACUGUUGUGUGUUUAUUGUAGUGUACCAUUUUCAUGUUUGGUAGAUAUGUUUCCGUAAAGUGUUUCUUCUUAGUAUAUUCUUUUUUUAUUUGGAGUUAAAUUAUUUAUUUAUAUCAGAUGCAUAUAUUUAUGAUUUGUUUUAUCAGAGAAAUUUGAAUAGAAGCAGGUGGCUUUCACAAACUUGAAUUUUUCUCUAAAUAUUCAUCAUGUUGUUGUGAUCUCCCAUAAAAAUGUAAGAAGACUGUUUUUUCUCGCCUGUGAUGCCUAAACCCACUUGUACAGUAGCAACCAACAAUAUGAGCGGCUGAAAACUCACCUCACAAUCAACUGUUAAUUGGGUAUCUUCUUACCCUGAAUACGGCUGCAGCCCAUUUCCUUGAAGGUAAAAAAAUCACACAAUAAUCACCUAUUUGACAAAUGGCAGAAACAAAUACGAAAGUAUUGUGAAUAAUCCACAUUUUUUCAAUUUGCAUGGUUGAUAAAGAAAAUGCAAAUUGUACCUUUCAUUGAGCAGGUAACAUACUGUAACAUACUGUAACUAUCUAACAAGUGAUAAAUUUGGACCUUUUUCUGAAAAAUAGGCAGGAUCUUAACAAUGAAUAUGCUGAUUGAUAAUAAAAUUAAAUAAAGUAAAUAUUAAAUAAAAUAAAUGAAGUAUUUGGGGAUACUACCUGCCCUCUCAACUUUUUAUUCCAGUUUUUUGCUGUUUAAUAAAGUAGUUAAACCCUGAAAAUGUGAGACAAGAUGGACGAAUGUUUUAAACAUUUCAGAAUUAAAAUGUUUCAGAAAUCUCUUUUGUGUUUUUCAGAAGUAUUGCAUGAAGUUAUUACUGUGGUGAACAUUUGUUGGAAUAAACACCUCGAGAAUUAAAA